AGUUGUUCAAGGAUAAGAAGUGCAGGAUCUUAGUUACCACAUCGGUCGCAGAAGAAGGUCUGGACAUUAGGGAAUGCAACAUGGUCUUCAGAUACAACUACGUGACCAGCGACAUUGGUCAUGUCCAAACUAAAGGUCGUAGCCGGGCCAAAUUUAACGGGAAAAUCUUCGUCAUCGUGAAUUCCGAUCUCCAGCUUCAAGACCGUGAGCUCAAGAACAUCAUACGGGUGGAGAUGAUGAACAAGGUUGUUAAAAGCAUUGCUGAUUCCACUCUAGUCAAUCAAAAAGCAUUUGAUGAUCGGAUUCUGAUGGAACAGAAGAACGAUCAGAAAGAACGACAGCGGGAAAAAGAUCGUGCGCGAAUCACCAAAGCAAACAAAGUAGAGAAAUCGGGCGUAGUCCUCCAUUGCAUUAAGUGCUUCAAAGAAUCCUGCUGUCUAGAUGAUAUCAGGUCCAUCAGAAACCAGCACCACGUCGUCACCAGUGACCUCUUCCUUGACAAGAUGAAGCUCAUUGAUCUCAAGAAGCAGCCAAUAAUCGACGGAUUCACGCACCAGCAGAAGAUCCAUUGUGGCAAUUGCCAACAUAAAUGGGGCACCAUGGUGGUAUAUCAACAGCAGGAGCUUCCGUUGAUUGCUAUCAAGAACUUUACACUCAAGGAUGACAAGGGUAAGAAGUGGUUUCCCAAAGCCUGGAAGGACGUCCCUUUCGUGAUAAGUUCGAUUGACAUGGAUGAUCUGGGGAAGCAGAACAACUUCUCUGAAGCUGAGAAUCCAGAAGGGAGUCAGCAGGAGAAGGGAGAAAUCGAGGAAGACGACGGCCUCAUCGAGUAUCCAAACAUCAUGCAGAUUGAAGAAUAGAUGAUGUGAAGGGUGACUCAAAGAGAGGCCACAAUAUGAAGUUCGCAUGGUAGACAAUUAUAUACAAUUUGUUUAUGACAUUGAACAUCAAGAACUAUCUUACUUAGGGACUGCACAUGCAGGUGUCCACUCUUAGCCUCUCAAGAAAACAAAGGUUAUUAAGUUUUACUGGCAUGACAAUGGUAUAAAUAAGAAAUUGUUUUUUUACAAAUAUCUGACAGGUGCAACCAAAAUGAUAAUCAAUAAUUGUGACACCGCACGGAUUUGCAACUGAUAAUCAUGCUAGACACAAUAGUGUCAAAUAUAUACAGUACAGACGAUGUGAUUUAAUGAAACCAUUUAAUUUUAAAUGUACAUUAAAUUAGUUUCAAUACACAAUAUCUGCGUUGUGAUAUAUUCAUCAUACACCAUCAUAAUGGAUGGACGCAUCACAGUUAGUAACUAGUGAUACCAUACAGAUCUUCUCUGUUAUUAUCUAGAAUCUAUGAACCUUUGAACAUAUCUAUUUAUAAAGCAAAUAUUACAAUUUGGAUAAUCCACCGUCAUAUCAAUGUACAAAUAAUAAUAAACACAAAUGAAAUAAAACUCAUUUAGAGUUCUAAAGGAAAUUUAUUUCAAUUACCUGUAUUGUUUGAUAUCAAUAUUAUUCAAUAUCUAAAACUUAUUUAUGUAAAGAGACAUCAGAUAUGUGAAAGAAAAUACCUUUAGUCACAUCGCCAGACCAAAUCAAACUGACUCCAAGAAAUGCCAGACAAACCGAUUUUUGUCAAUUAGAUAUUUUUGUUCUGGAACUUGUCGGUCUGGUGUCGGUUUGGCUAUUAUUCAAAUGGUGUCUGUCUUAUGGGUGUGACUGAGGUAGAAUUCCAGGAAUAUUAUUAGCAUUAUUAUUAACUGUUUAGCCAUAACAUCAAAAAUAAAUAUCAAUGUUUCCGGGCUUAUUGAACAGCCCUGAUCAGAUAUGUCUAGCAUUAAACAAAUAUUGGUUAUGAUUCGUUCCCGAUUUAGUAGAAAACAUAGCCAUUAAAUCCAUGAGAAUUGGUCAUGCACGGUAUAUACAAACAAUUAUUCUCUUGAUAUUACCCUAAUAUCUGCACAAUGGGUUCUACUUCUACGUGUACAGUAAAACGGACGAAUGGGUAAUGUUUCGUCUUUGUAGAAAGUCACCGAGUCUAGAUCUACUUAACACUAAGUACCCAAAAUAUUAUCAAUUGUUCACGAUUUACACGCAACAAUGGAUCCAACUCAAUAAAAUCUAUUUGCUGUCAAUCAUGUUACAUAAAAUGUUGUGGAAACUUGAGUAGGCAUUUCUAAUGAUGUGAACGGAGUAAUGUUGCACUACCUUAUGAUGCAGAUUUUGAUUUUGAGACAUUGCAUGCACCUCUUAAUAGAUUAAUCUGUGAUUUUCAUGUCUGUCAAUUAUUUUUGCCAUAGCAAUCUCUUUUCAAUCUUACAAGCAUUGAAAGGAAUAAUGAUAUAAUUUAUUGAUACACCUUUUUAGCACCCAUUCCCUACGAACAGACAUAUUUGUCUAGAAAUGAUGUCUACGACAAUUUUGUUGUUAAUCUCAUGUCACAUGUCUUUGCCGAAAGCAGAAUAUGUUACUAACAAUGGGCUAUAAGUCUCAUAGACAGAUAAUUUUGUAGCUGUGUUUUAUUACUAAUGCUAUUAUUAGUUUGAUGAUGAAGUAAUGAUACUUAUGACGAUAGACGUUAAUAUAAGCUUGGCCGCUUGGCCUUUCUAUCACGGCUUCUAAAUUAAACAAUUAACAAAUUCAUUCUAUAUAUAACGAAGAAUGAAGAUUAGUAAACUUUGAAAUAUUCACGUCUUUGUGUAAUAGAAAAAUGAUAAUGCCUUA